AUGGAUAAUCAAUGGAAGCCCCGUAGCAGCCUCGCCAUUUUUGUCUCAGCACUCCACCUCUUAGAUCUCGACACGCUCCCAGACUGGCCGUCAAUCACUGUGUCAACCUUCCAUGUUACCUCCAACGAUAAAUCAGCAAGUAAAAAUCUUCAAGCUAGAAUUAAAGCAACAGAGUGGGCGCUCUAUCAACUGUUUCGAUUGUACUCUUCAGAAACAACUCGCCAGGUUUUAUCACCGAAUUUCCCCCCGAAGACGCCCAUUCAAUCACUCAGCCUCCGCGCCGCACUAUUCAAAACCCUGUCCGAGUUGAAGAAAAAUGGCCGACUCCCUAGGGAGAGUAUACUACGGAAGACCAUGCUUGAUGAGUGCAAGGGCGACAAAUUUGAGGACCUGCUAUCGGCAUUCUCCAUGCUGGUCUUGAGAAAAUUCCUCGCUGAUGGCGGAAGGAAAGUGCUGGGGAUCUGCAAUUCAGCAAGACCUGAGCAUGUUGUUCCCUUGAUUAUCGCCCAUCAUGUCUCUCUACAGACUAAUCUUCAAAAGCGAGAGCGAUUAGGUGCAGAUGCUCGCAUUCAUGCGAAAUCUUUGGAGACUUGGAGGGCUAACUUGGCGGUGAGGCUCCAAGCUCUGUCCAACAGGCAGCCGGAAGAGAGCAACGACGAAGCGUUUUCUCAAGUUAGUGAUUAUGCGUUCCGUGAGAAAGUGGUCUAUGCAUUUGCUGCGGAUCCACGCUGGGUGAGUUUCUUAUUUGAAGGGAAUGUUGGCAAAACUUCUACGCCGCAACCACCCAAUGAAGAUACGUUCCUCAAGUGGCAAUUCGGAAUAGCGGUAGCUGAACCGAACCCCCCGAUUCUUCAGGCAAAUCAACCUAUGUCACAGCUCAGGGGGCUGAUCUCCCAGCACCGGGUUCGUAUUGAGCAUCUUGAGGCAUUACAAAUGUCGCUUUUGGGCAGUGACACGAGUGCUCCAAGUGUGACACUAGCUAAAGCACCCACGCCUGCGAGGGCCAGAACUCCAGAGAAGGGUGUAUCUGGACAACGCUUUACCAAACAUCAAGUGCUUGAUCUUACCAGCACUCCAGAAUGA